UCAGCUAGUUCCGAAAAGCCAGAGCAGGAGCAAGAGUGACUGGAAAGCGAGAGGACUUUCCCUGCUGGCAAUCGCUCCGCCCUCCGCCGUGAUGAUGGAAAGGAUAGCGUGCUUGUUAGCCUUCGCGUCUUUAGCGCUGACUCUCAGCGGUGCAGCAAACCCUUGCUGCUCAAACCCAUGUCAAAACCGAGGUAUAUGUAUGACCACUGGAACUGACCGAUACCAAUGUGACUGUACUAGGACAGGAUUCUAUGGAGAAAAUUGUACAACUCCUGAAUUUCUGACAAAGCUAAAAUUGACGCUGAAACCCACUCCAGACACCGUUCACUACAUCCUCACCCACUUCAAGGGAGUGUGGAAUAUAAUCAACAAUAUCUCUUUUCUGCGGGACAUGGUGAUGAGAUACGUGUUGAUGUCAAGAUCACAUCUUAUUGAAAGCCCACCAACGUAUAAUGUUCACUAUGGUUACAAAAGUUGGGAAGCCUUUUCUAACCUCUCCUACUACACUAGAGCUCUUCCCCCGGUGAGAGAUGACUGCCCAACUCCAAUGGGUGUAAAAGGUAAAAAACAGCUUCCUGAACCCAAAGAGAUUGUGGAAAAAUUUCUUCUGAGAAGGAAGUUUAUUCCUGAUCCCCAAGGCACAAAUAUAAUGUUUGCAUUCUUUGCCCAGCAUUUCACUCACCAAUUCUUUAAGACAGACCAUCACAGAGGCCCAGCUUUCACAAAAGCACUAGGACAUGGGGUUGAUUUAAAUCAUGUUUAUGGAGAAAAUUUGGAAAGACAACACAAACUGCGGCUUUUCAAAGAUGGAAAAAUGAAAUAUCAGGUAAUUGAUGGAGAAGUAUAUCCGCCCUUAGUGAAAGAUACGCAGGCAGAAAUGAUCUACCCACCUCAUGUCCCUGAGCAUCUGAGAUUUGCUGUUGGGCAAGAAGUAUUUGGCCUGGUUCCGGGUUUGAUGAUGUAUGCUACAAUAUGGCUUCGGGAGCAUAACCGAGUGUGUGACAUCCUUAAACAGGAACAUCCUGAAUGGGAUGAUGAGCAGUUGUUCCAGACUAGCAGACUGAUAUUGAUUGGCGAGACUAUUAAGAUUGUGAUUGAAGAUUAUGUCCAACACUUGAGUGGUUAUCACUUCAAAUUGAAGUUUGACCCAGAACUGCUGUUCAACCAGCACUUCCAAUACCAAAACCGAAUUGCUGCUGAAUUUAACACCCUCUAUCACUGGCAUCCUCUACUCCCCGACACCUUCCAAAUCAAGGACAAAGAGUACAGCUAUCAGCAGUUCCUCUACAACAACUCUAUAUUACUGGAACAUGGAAUUUCCCACAUGGUGGAAUCAUUCUCGAGGCAAAUUGCUGGCCGGGUUUCUGGGGGCAAGAACGUUCCAGCUGCAGUACAGAAAGUUGCCAUAGCUUCAAUUGACCAAAGCAGACAAAUGAAAUACCAGUCUCUUAAUCAAUACCGAAAACACUUCAUGCUCAAGCCUUUUAGUUCAUUUGAAGAACUGACAGGAGAGAAAGAAAUGGCUGCUGAGCUGGAAGCCAUCUAUGGUGAUAUUGAUUCUAUGGAGUUGUAUCCUGGUCUUCUAGUAGAAAAACCUCGCCCAGGUGCCAUCUUUGGAGAAACCAUGGUUGAACUUGGAGCACCCUUCUCACUCAAAGGACUCAUGGGUAACGCCAUCUGUUCCCCUGACUACUGGAAGCCUAGCACUUUUGGUGGAGAUAGAGGUUUUGAAAUUAUCAAUACAGCCUCAAUCCAGUCACUAAUCUGCAAUAAUGUAAAGGGAUGUCCCUUCACUGCAUUCAGUGUUCAAGAUUCCCAAGUCACCAAAACAGAAACUAUUAAUGCCAGUUCAUCAAAUUCUGGACUAGAUGACAUCAAUCCCACAGUAUUGCUAAAAGAACGUUCAACUGAACUGUAGAUACCUAUUGAACAUAUUUAUUUAUUUAAGUAAAGUAUUUCUUUAAGUUAUCUAUUUAUGAAUAUUUGUAUGAAACUCCCUGUGUUACUUGAUAUCUUCUGUAACAGAAGAUAGUAAGUACUCCUCUGUUGGAGAAAUAAUUCAUGUAAGUGGGAAUUUCAUUUGUGUUGAUACUUUAAAGACAAGGAUGUCCUUCUUAAGUUUCAGAGGGAAACAUUCUUUUUGUUCCUUUUGAUAAAUUAGAUUGUGUUACAGCAAGAAAAAAUAUAAGGUAUUUAUUUGAUCUUUGUUAUUGCUAUUAUAAUAUUGAAAAGCUCUGUGAGUAACUACACUACCUUCUUAAAAGAUCAUAUAUAUGUAGCACCUCUUUGAAGCUUGAAGUGCUCUAACAUGUUUUCAAAUUCAAAAUUUGUAUCACGUGAAAAUAUUAUAAAUUGUAAGAACUGAAAAUAUUCAAGCAGCACCAAAACAUCAAAAUCAUGGGCUCAUGGAUAUAGACCUGGAAAGGACCUCAGAACUCACCUAAUUCAGUUCCCUCGUUUUACAGAGGAGGAAACUGAGGCCCAGGGAGAUUAAAUGACUUGCCUCAGGUCAGUCGCACAAUGAAUAGCAGAGCCACUCUAUAACUCUAAGGUUAGCACGCUUUCUACUGUACCAUGCCAAAAAGCAUCCAUUUUAGACUACCGAAGGUGUAACUGAAUUGGAAACCAUUGAAAUUUCCUGGCUAAUAUAACUAACAUUUCCUCAGGGUGUAAAUCAAGGUACACUCUCAGGUAUCUGAAGGUGCAUAUGAAAUUUUGAUUUGUUCUCACUACGUUAUACUGCCAUUUAAAAAUAUCAGACGAAUCUAUUUGAAACUAUGGUAGUAUCUUCCUUUGGAAAUAUCAGAAUGGCAAGGCCAACAAGAGAAUCAGCUGUGAAGUCACUGGAAGAAUAUCUUGCCUUAAAAUAGCAUCUUUUAUCUAAAAAUGCCCUAAUCAUUUUUAUAUUACUACCAAUAAACAAAAUAUACAUGGGCAAUAGAUGGGAAAACUUCAUUAUAAUUUAUUUUAGAGUAAGUACCUGCAAGACAGGAAUAUUAUUUCUUCAAAUUGUUGUGUAUAAUAGACAGCGCAAUGUCGUGUGCUUCAGACUGGUCCAGAGAUAUUUUCUUAAACAUGAUCAAUUACAAAACUGGAUUUGGACAGAAAACUGAGAAUCUUAUUCUUAUAUUUUUAUAAAAACUUUGUUUUUUCCAAUUGGCUCAUAGUACUAUUUAGCAGUCCAUAUUACAAGUCAACCUCCUUAGGAGGAUUGUAUUUGAUAUUCACAAAUUCAUUUUAUCUGCUUAGUUAUUUCCACAUCUUUUUGACUUACAUAUCAGUAGGGACACCUUUUGACGUCCCCACUAUCUGCCACAUUUGCUGCUUCUUUGUUCAGUUUUUCGUUGAACAAAUAUUUUAUUGAUAGUUUGAUGGAACAUUCUUGCCCCCAGCCACCUUGCUAUUUGCAAGAUGUAGGGUUUGUGUAACCUUCCUUCCUGUUGCCAUAUUGCUAAAGUAAACUUUCCUCUUUGUGUCUUCCUUAUCUAAUCUUACAUUCCCAGUGUCUUGUUAGGUCUAGAUUCUCUGUUUAU